GGACUCUCUCCAUGUCUCACAUAUACAAUUAUUAACUUGUAUAUCAAAUUAGUUAAGUCCAUUUCUCCCUCUUCACCAUGGACUUAAACUACCCAGAAGAUUUCUACUCCAACAUCUCCACCCUAGAAACUUCUCACCAUGAUCUCCUCGGAACUGCCAGAUCCUACGAGUGCAUCUUUUGCAAGAGAGGCUUCACCACAGCACAAGCCUUGGGUGGACACAUGAACAUACACAGAAAACAAAGGGCCAACAACAACACCAAACCCACUGUCCCUCCUCCUUCAACUUCUAACAAAGUUGAUGCAAUCAACAACCAUGCAGAUCUCGUUCAAAUUCCAACCCAAUCCACUCCUUCUCAUGCUAAUCAUCUUUCUUUUCCACCCACUUCACUCACUGUUACACCUUCCCAUGCUCAGCUUUCGUCUGCAGAAAAAGACCAACUGGGACACGUCUUUCUGCAGGAUUGGAGUACCACAAAUUUGAGCUUCUACUCUAAUCCAUUGUGUCUUCAUCAAAUUAAGAAUAAGUUUGAAGACACUGAAGAGAAUGGCCUGGAUUUGGAGCUCAGGUUGGGUCAUCAUCCAUAGCAUAUGCAUAUACAUAUCAUGCUAUACAUCCAUCAAGCAUGUAUAGAUAUAAAGAUAUGUAUCAGAUGAGAGCACGUAGUAAUCACUAGAGAGCAACUAAUUUAUAUAUAUAUAUGUAUAUGCUUUUCGGUUCCUAUAUUAUGGACAUUAAGAAGAGAUGGGUUGAACCGGCAUGAAGUAAAAGCUUGGAGAUUCUUCUUUGUGAGAAAGGUACCCAGAAUUCUUAUGAGGAAGGUACUGCUCAAAUAAAUUUUCUCUUGAAAUAAUGUCUUGCACUUACAGGAUUCUACACCAGAAGUAGUACUCAUGAAGUUCCUAAUUAUGUGAAUGUUCCUUUUGGUGAUCAUUUUGAAUUUGUUUUUGCUUUGGUACACGACAUUCCUUGCUGUUUACAA